UACUGGCAAAUGCGAGUACAGCAGUCAGAAAGCCACGACGAAAAGGGGUUCCUACGCCAACCAAGAUUUGAAUCAUAAAAAGGCUUCUAACAGUAUUUGAAGGCAGCUGAAAGCAAAUUGGAGCGCUGCCAGCCAAAAUGAAUGGGACGUCUAUCACUGUCCGUGGCAGCCAAUGACUGGAUGGUAAGCUUUAUUGUGUCACCGGUGGAAUUUCAGGUGGAGGGGGCUACCGCGGAUGCGUGGAAUUUCUGCCGGGAGGGGCGAGAAUCGAGACGGUCUUUUAUCACUCUUCUCAUCCACGGAAGGAAAUUCCUCCCAAAGAGCGAGUCCACCAAUCAGACGGGAGACAGAAAUUCGAGAGGAAGUUUCCCCCCGGCGGGGAACGCCCUCAAAGCAACCCCCUUCUCCCUCUCUUCUCUUGUGAGCAAAAGCAGCCAGUCGGGGGCCCCGCAAGUUCCCAGAAAGACGGAAUUUAGAAGGAAGGAGCGACAAGUUGCGCGACCAUGACGUCGCCUAUCUUCUUCUCGUGCUUGCUGGUUUUGACGUGGAGCCAAAGCGGCGUGGCCCGUUCGCCUUACCAGGCCGUCCUGCAACACAGCCGCGUCCGGGGACGUCAGCAAGGGCCCAACGUGUGCGCCAUGCAGCAACCGCGAGGCAGCGACAAGAAAUAUUUCGCCAACUGCAAGCAAUGGUACCACCGGAAGAUCUGCAACCAGCCCACGGUGGUGACGUACGAGUGCUGUCCGGGUUACGAGAAGAUCCCUGGCGAGAGAGGCUGCCCCGCAGCGCUGCCUCUGGUCAACAUCUACCAGACGGUGGGGGCUGUGGGCGCCUCCACCACCAAGAUGUACGCCGACCGAGCCCAACUGAGGGAGGAGAUCGAGGGUCCCGGAAGCUUCACCUUCUUCGCUCCCAGCAACCAGGCCUGGGCCGCCUUGCCCACGGAAAUUCUGGACGCGCUGGUGAGCAACGUGAACAUCGAGCUGCUCAACGCGCUCCACUACCACAUGAUCGAGCGGCGCCUGACGUCCGAAGAGCUUAAGCACGGCUCCUCCUUCUCCUCCAUGUAUCAGGACUACCAUGUGCACGUGCAUCACUACUCCAACGGGAUCGUGACGGUGAACUGCGCGCGUCUGAUCAAGCCGGACCAGCACGCCACCAACGGCAUCGUGCACGUGGUGGACCGCGUCAUUACAGCCGUCUCCAACAACCUGCACGCACUGAUCGACGUGGACGACGACCUGGAGACGCUGCGCACGGCCAUUGCCGCCGCCGGCUUGAGCGACCUCCUGCAGAGCGAAGGCCAGUAUACUGUCUUGGCUCCUACCGACGAGGCUUUCCGCAAGAUUCCGCCAGAGACCCUGAACAGGAUCCUGGGAGACCCGGUGUCUCUUCGGGACCUGCUGAACUACCACAUCCUGAAGAACAUGCGCUGCGCCGAGUCCAUUGUGUCGGGAACGCCGAUGGAGACACUGCAGGGCACUGUUCUAGAAGUGGGAUGCGACCGGGACGGGCUGACCAUCAACGGGAAAGCGGUGGUGGGCAAGAAGGAUCAGUUGGCCACCAAUGGCGUCGUCCACUACAUCGACCAACUGCUCAUCCCUGACUCGGCCAAAACUCUGCUGGAGCUGGCCGAGAGCUCCGACGUGACGACGACGGCCAUCAAAAUGUUCGCACAGGCCGGCCUGAGCGGCCACCUGAAGGGAUCCGAAGCGCUGACCGUGCUAGUCCCUCUGGACGACGCCUUGGCAGGGAUGCCCGCGGCCGACGUCGGGAAGGCUUUGAGCCAUCAUAUCGUCAGGGGGCUGCUGUCGUCCAAGUCCUUGUAUCACAAUCAGGAGCUGGAGACGCUGUCCGGCGUCAAACUCAGAGUUUUCGUCUACAGAAACAACUUGUGCAUCGAGAACGCGUGCCUGGCCGCCCACGACAAGACCGGACGCUACGGGACCAUGUUCACUGUGGACAACCUGCUGACGCCACCCGCGGGGACCAUCAUGGAUGUCUUGAAGGCGGACGACCGCUUCAGCGUCCUGGUGGGUGCCAUCCAAGUGGCCGGAAUGACAGAGCUGCUCAACCAACCCGGAGCGCUGACCUUCUUCGCUCCCACCGACGCCGCCUUCCGCGCAAUGUCGCGGCCCCGAGUCGACGAGCUCUUGCGCGACCGCCGGCAGCUGUCGGCCUUGCUCAAGUUCCACCUGGCUGAGGGGACGCUGGUCAGAGGGGGCGUGAGCUCCCACACCAGAGUGGAAAACCUGCUGGGCGACAAGCUGGAGCUGGGCGCGAGGAACUACACGGUCUUCGUCAACCGAGUCCCGGUGAUCCACGGCGACCUGAUGGCCACCAACGGCGUGGUCCACGGCGUGGACGACGUGGUCGAGGCCUUGCCCCCCAAGGCGGAGCGAGAGCAAGCCGACGGGCCGACGACCUCCAUUGGCUCUUCUUCCGCGCAUUCAGAAUCCGGAAGCUUCCGUGACGACAACCUUUUUCAGAAGGUCCUACAAAGUCGUUCCAGCAGGACCAUGAGUGUCGCAGGGCAGUGACGCUUCAGGAGCAGUCACCCGCGUGCCCAAAAACCAAAACCGGAGUCAGGCUUUAACCCUUGAAAGGGCCCUCAUUAAAAAUAACAACAAAACAAACAGCUUUAAAGUGUUAUUGGGGGCCAUAACCAGAGUGGAUUUCUGUUUUUCUUCAUUUUACAUUGAAUAAAAUACCCCUAAACAAAUACUAAGUGACACAAAGUGGCAAAUAAAUACCCAGAAUUAGCGAGACGGGACCAGAUAUUAACAGGAAGUGACCUGACAUAAACAGGAAGUCAAUCCAUAAUGCCCACAAAUCAACAGGAAGUCACCUGAUACAAACAUUAAAUAAUUCUGUAAUGCCCCCAAAUCAACAGGUAUUGACCAGACAUUAACAGGAAGUGACCUGACAUCAACACAGGAGUAGCCCAUAGUCAACAGGAAGUGACCCAACACAAACAGGAAGGGAUUUUAAAACGCCCCCAAAUUACCCGUAAGUGACCUGACACAAACAGGAAGUGAUUCCGAAAUGCCCCCCAAUUCAACAGGAAAUGAUUCCGAAAUCCCCCAAUUCAAGAGGAAAUGACCUAACACAAACAGGAAGUGAUUCAGAAAUGUCCUUAAAUUAAAAGGAAGUGACCUGAUAUUAACAGAAAGUGACCCAUCAAUGCCCCAUAAUUAACAGGAAAUGACCUGACAUAAACAGGAAGUCAAUCCAUAAUGCCCACAAAUCAACAGGAAGUGACCUGAUACAAACAGGAAGUAAUUCUGUAAUGCCCACAAAUCAACAGGAAGUGAUCCAAUAAGAACACGACGUGACCCUGAAAUACCACAUAAUCAACAGGAAGUGACCUGACACAAACAGGAAGUUAUUCUGAAAUGCCCUCAAAUCCACAGGAAGUAACCCAUGAAUGCCCCAAAAUUAACAGGAAGUGACAUAGGAGUGGCCCACAGUCAACAAGACGUGACUUGAUAUAAACUGUAAGUCAAUCCAUCAUGCCCCCAAAUCAAUAGGAAGUGACACAAUACAAACAGGAAGUGACUCCAAAACGCCCCCAAAUCAAAAGGAAGUGACUCACAGCAAAGCUACCAUCGCAAUUUCACUGGAAAAAGCAUUUGUAUUACAUAUUUGUACUCCAUAUUAAAAUUAAGCUUUUAAAGUGAGCAAAAAUAGUCAUUUGCCCUAUAAAGCAGUGAUCCCCAACCACUGGGCUGGGGACAUGUCAGGUCCGUGGCGCAUUUGCUACUAGGACGAAGAGAAAUAAUGAGUUUGUUCACGACCACAAACUGGCCUGUGCCCGAUGACACAUCUACAGUAUACUAAUCUGAGGUGUGUUUAUGUCACCCUCUAGUGGUUGGCCGCCCUUACUGGGGUGUCUGCAGCUCAGCAUCAGUCAACGUAAACAGUGACGUUUGCUGCUCUGUGCUGCAAGUGGCGACAUCUUUGGACAGCUUUUUUUGCUGAGCAACAAAAGUGAAUGCACCGUUUAAAAAAAGUUGAUUCACAGUGGUCCGUGGUGCCAAAAAUGGUUGGGAACCACUGCUAUGAGGCACUGUUUUUUUCAACCACGGCACACUUUUUUCAUAAAAAACCCGAGCCAUUCCAAAAUAAACAAACAUAUUAACAAUAGCUAGCUGCUAGCUAGCUGCCACUGCCGCAAGCUGGACACUACUGGCCCGCCGCUGCCGCCAGCUAGCUCUCUGCCACCGCUAGCUAGCUGGCUGGCUGGCUGGCUAGCUAGCCGCUACCAGGAGCCGCUAGCUGGACACUAUUAGCCGGCUGCAGCCGCUAGCUGCCAUUAACUAGCUGGCUGCCGCCACCAGGUAGCUGGCUAGCUAGCCGCUACCCGGGGCUGCUAGCUGGACACUACUAGCCAGCUGCUGUAAGCUAGCUAGCC